UUUCCAAUCCCACUAUUAUAAACUCGUUCCCCUCCCAAGAACCCGCAAAGCGCAGGCAGGCAGGCAUCUUCCUCCCCCUUCCUCCUCCUCCCCCGUCCUCCGCCGCCGCUGCUGGCUUUCCUUCCGGCGAGCGAGGAUCGUCCCUGAUCCGUCCGGGGCUCGCCCCCCGCCUCCUCCGUGCCUGGAGGUGAAAUAAGCAAAUAUUUUCCUGACGUCAAGUUUGCUACAGACUGGCCCUUCCUUGGCUGAACCGGCACACACUACCAACAUGGAAACAUACACCACGGAUGAUGCGCUUACAGCCAUGGGAUUUGGAAAAUUGCAAGGACUUGUUCUUGUUUAUGCAGGCAUGGGUUGGGUUGCAGAAGCCAUGGAGGUCAUGCUACUCUCAUUUGUUGGACCACUGAUUCGAGAGGAAUGGAAAAUCUCUGCCCAAGAUGAAAGUUUACUCUCAAGUGUAGUGUUUUUGGGCAUGUUAAUUGGAGCAUGUGGUUGGGGAUAUGUGUCUGACAAAUAUGGGCGAAGGACUGGUUUACUGCUUUCAACUCUGUUUACUACUGGAAUGGGUUUCCUAAGUGCUUUGUCUCCAAACUAUUUAUGUUUGAUGGCUCUUCGCUUUCUCGUUGGCGUAGGACUGGGUGGCAGCCAUGUGUAUUCAUCUUGGUUUUUGGAGUUUGUUCCUGCGCAAAAUCGUGGCUUUUGGAUGAUUAUUUUUUCCUUUUUUUGGACUAUUGGCACAGUCUUGGAGGCUUCACUUGCAUGGAUUGUCGUAUCAACAUUGACUUGGAGGUGGUUGCUAGCAUUGACUGCCAUCCCUUGCUUUCUCUUGCUCCCUUUCUUUGGAAUUACACCUGAAUCGCCACGCUAUCUGUGUGCGCAAAAUAGAAUAUCUGAUGCAACACUUGUCCUGGAGAGAAUCGCCGAGACAAACCAAGCAACUCUUCCUCCUGGAGUUCUCGUAUACCCUCGAGACGGUGAAGUUGAUCAUAGUACUCUUACCUCUGAGGCAGAUCAUCUUCUUCCACUCAGAGAGAAGGAAUGCACAGAUGAUGAUGUCACAAGCCCCAAAUCUGGUAGUGCUGCUGCAUUGCGCAGUCUGCUGUCACGGAAAUUGCGUAGAUCAACUCUUCUACUUUGGUUUGUUUUCUACGCAAAUUCCUUUGCUUAUUAUGGACUAGUCUUGCUGACCGCGCAACUGAGCAAUGCAAAUAAAAGCUGUGCAUCUGGGCUGAAAUAUGUGAAGAGUGAAACAGAUGCCAGCCUUUACAAAGAUACAUUUGUCACUAGUCUUGCAGAGAUUCCGGGUCUAAUUGCAUCUGCUCUUCUUGUUGAAUGGUUUGGCCGAAAAGCUACAAUGUGGUGCUUGCUCUUCACAUGCUGUGGUUUCCUUGGCCCACUUGUGUUUUAUCAGAGUGAGCUAUGGACAACUGGCCUUCUAUUUGGUGCUCGUGCUUGUGCCAUGGGUAGCUACACAGUUGUAUGUUUAUAUGCCCCAGAGGUAUACCCGACGUCGGUGCGCUCGACCGGGGUUGGAAUCGCGACCGCCAUGGGGAGAGUCGGUGGAAUUAUUUGCCCCCUUGUAGCCGUUGGGAUGCUGAGAAGCUGCCAUCAGAUGGAAGCAAUCAUUGUGUUUGAGGUGGUGUUAUUCCUUGCUGCAAUUGCCUGCAUGCUCUUCCCUUUUGAGACCAAGGGCCGCGCAAUGAACUGAUGAUGGUCAUGGUGUAAACAAGUAAAAACACUUGGACCAUAAAAUUCGUCAUGCUGCUUCGCGUGAACGUUUAUAUACAAACUGUUAUAUGUCUAGUAUUUUAGUGGACAUGACGAUGAAGAUUCCUCGAAAUUCAUUUCGGGGUUUCGGAUGUUAUUGGACAUCAUUUUGUAAAGUCCUCACUCCUUAAGACUGUAAGUAGGAGUAUGUUAUGGUAUGUAUGUAUGUAUAAAUUCUUUGAACGUGAUUAAGUGUCUGCAACAGGCAUUUCUACCAGUAACUUUUGCUGAA